AUGAAAAGGUCCAAUUUGGAUAAAGUGAGGCCGUUGCAUGAGUUGCUUGUUGAAGCAAAUUUGCAGCCGCUGAAGGGCGUUGAAGGGCUCGCUGAAGCGCUUAGGGAGGAAAAGGUGUUAAAAAAUGACCAGUGGAGACCUUCUUUAAUCUGUGAGACCCUAAUAAUUGCACUAUUCACAACGAGAGCUGGGAUUUCGCUUUUGCCUCUGUUUAGCGAAUCUGCUAAGCGUAAGAGAGUCGGUCCUCGUGUCCUAGAAUGGCAUAACGAUGAGGAGUUGAUGUUGCGGUUCUUUUCCUAUAUUUUGGAGAACAGAAGUAGCAGAAUUGAACCGAGGUUGUUUGAAAAAGCCAGAUGGAAAUUACCUUUGUUCUUCCUAAUCGAAUCCAAGUUUCUUGCAGCGUCAAUGGUGCUUGAUCAGAACUAUAAUUUAUUGCUCGAUUAUGUUCAUACGAUAACACCAAUGAUAAAGAGAUGGGUGCAUAGAGCCUUUACUCAGGGAACAUUUUUCAAGGAUACAGUGGUAUGUUACAAUAGAGUAUACGAAUUAAAAGAUUCUUCCGAAUGGUACAGUUUUGGCACUAAAAAGUCUAAUGAGGAACGUCGUGCAAUCCAGCAAUUUUUACGAGAGAAUAGCGAGCAGGUACUGGAUACUUACCAUGAAAUGGUAAGGCCGAGUAACGAACGAGCCAUAAAUGAUACUGCUUCGUAUCAUCACAGAAUCUCACAGCAUGAAAACGUGUACUCAUUUGAUAUUAAUCAGGAUGGUUCGUUGGAGAUACCGAAUAUCAUGUCCCAUGCAUCAGUAAGGCAUGACAUCUUACAGAACCUCAUGAGGCUGCCUUUGUGCGACUCACCACUCUUACAAUGGCAAUUCAAACUUAUGGCAGGGUUGGUCGACCCGUUAACUCAGCCGCCGCCAAACGACAAGCACAUUAUCUCGCUGGAUCUAUUAUACCAAAUGCUCUUAGGGCUCAUGGAACCAGCCAUAAGUAACACAUUGGGGUCGGACGGGUGCGAUUGGAAAUUCCAUUUAUGCUUUAACAUGCAAAAGAUCAUACAGGCAUCGCUCAAGAGGCUUAACUUACAGGAUUUUGACACUCUCAACUCGAUAAAUAACAGUGAUGAAGAUGUUUCUUGGAGAGAUAAUUUGCAUAGUUGGUUGCCUCAUGGGCUCAACACACAGAAUUUGGAGCUCAUUUACAUGAUUGAUAUCCUUGCAGUGUACACCAUUUACAAAUUAUAUGAGGAUCUACCGGUCCAACUGAAUCCUUUCCUGUCACCGAUGAUAUCGCUGUGGAAGAACUUGACGUGCGUUAUUCUGCUUGGGCUUGAGAUCGAUCGGUUCGAAGAAGAACACGAGACUUUCGAGACCCCUGUAUUGGUUCGUGCUACUAUACGUGGUGCGGCAGCUUUAAGAGCAGUAGUGGCAACGAUUCUAAAUGGUCAUGUCGACACUUACAAGCACGAUUUUAUGCAUGAACCGUUAAACACUUUCAUGUCACCUCAUGGUAGGAAAUUGUGUCAAGGUGCAUUAUAUGCUGACCUGAGAUCCCAUGCAGCAGCACUACUUGCGCUCGGUACGGAACUCGAAGAUGUCACGAAUCUCUUAGCUGAUUUGCAAGCGGGUGACCGCUUUGACGAAGAUGUCAGAUACAUGUUUGAAUACGAGUGUGAUAAUUAUAAUGAGGGUGAUUCUGAGAGUGAGAAAGAUGGGAAAUUGGCGGUAGAACAACCUAAGAUUUUGCAAAGAAGAUGUAACUGUAUUUUUGACGACGACGAGAUGGCAGAGGAUGAAGAUUUUGAUGGUGAGAAUGAUGAAGCUUUCUUCUCAAAACAUCUGAUCUUGCAACAAAAUGCUCAGACUUCGCUAUCGAUGUCAUCUAGCGGUAAGCCUCGUGCGGUUCGGUCCGGUGGGGCCUUUGAGUUUGACUAUAGUGGUAAAGACUGGCGGGAUAUUCCUCGUGGUUCAAAUUUCUAUUAUUCUCCUGAUUUUGAAUUCAUCGAAUCUCCAAGCCUAUCAUCCUUAUUGGCGCUGACAAAGAAGGCGUCUUCAGAAAAGCUUGUUGAGAAGGAGUCACUUACAUUGCUUAGAUCUGUCGCAUCGUGCGUGAAGAACGAACAGGACGAAAUAACCCUCGGAAACCUGAUCGACCCUCAUCAAGAUUCUCAGGCUGAUGAAGAGAGCAGAAAUGCAGAUAAAAUUGAGCCCGAUGAUAUUUAUGAAAUGUGGUGUGAAAACUCUACUUUCGAGAAGAUUGUGUAUUUCAAUCAUACACUCGCAUGGAAGCUAAUGGAUGAAAUGCUACUUUGUAUCGGGUAUCGUAGGGUACUCAUUUGGUUCAUCACUCACAUGGAACUGAACCAUUCACUCAUACAUUAUAUUUUUGAACUGGUCAUGGGUUUGCGAGGCAACUCAGAUGAGAACGAUCGUGAUGUCGACUUAGCUGGUCCACCACUUCAAGAUGUUGAUAAGGUCAAGGGUGAACUUUCUGUUGGUUUCUCACGUCAGGGUGCUUUGCAACUGUCUACUAUUGAAACAAAAAUGCUUCUUCAAGAGUUUUUCACCAAUGCGGCUAUAUUCAUCUCGAAGAAGUCUGAAGAAAGUACUGACAUUGCCAAUGAAGAACAAAACAACGAAAAUCGUGACCUAAACGGAAAUUCAGAGAAUGUUUCAUUGUAUGCAAUGGGUCUGAUGAAGUUAAUCUGCUUCAUGGUGAGAACGUUCAUCAACAAGGAAAAAUUUGACUUCAGCGAAUCCGAAUGUGUAUUUGAACUACAAGCGUUAUUGAUGAAUUGGAUCGGCAUAAUUCCGGAGGCAAAAACUCUCUUCUUUGAGCUCAAGAGUCUAAUUGCUGGUUUCAGUACUGCUACAUCGGUUCAGGAACAGAAGAAUGCUGAGGUGAAGAAUGAUACUCAAGAAGACGUGCCGAAAGAGCAGUCACCUGUAAGGGUAAGCAAUACUGCGGGCUUCGAGUUUAAUAGAAAGCUGAUGACAUUAUUGCCUCCUUUGGUGAAGAACAAGGAAGAGAAUGCUGCGAUGCAGACUUUGAGAAGCUUCAUCAAGACUAGCUCAUUCUUGAAUACCGUACCUGUCAUCGGAAGGAAGAUCGUUUACGAGGAUGAUAAGAUUUUGCCUUUACCUAAGUCAGAUGUUCCCUUGGCACUGCAUGAAUAUAUUGAUUAUGAUGGCAAUUACGCUUACGCUUCGGGUGAUGAUUAUGAGGAUGCUUGA